UUGUGUUUCUCCACUCACAUCUAUGACGAUAAUGCUAAUGCUAUGUGUUUGACUAUGCGGGGGGAAUAACGUUGCUCGGCAAGCUAGGUCACUUGCUAGGAAGCUACGUGCUAGCAAAGCUAACCAUAACCUCAUUCUGCGAUUCAACGUCGAGACAAGUCGGGAUAAGACCAGGUCAGUGGCUGGAACAUAGUGGAGAUUAUAAAAGUCUCAGGGUUCACCAUACUCGAUGAGCGGACAGCGCAAUGUCAGAGCGCUCUGGGCAAACUGCAAAGGGGAAGGAAGGCAAAACCAAGUAUGCGUCUCUCAACCUGUUUGAUACAUACAAAGGAAAGAGCCUUGAACCACAAAAGCUUAUUGUUCCUCCCCGCCAUGGCUUGCAGUCUCUCGGUAAAGUUGCCUCUGCCCGGCGUAUGCCACCCCCUGCCAAUUUGCCAAGUCUGAAGGCAGAGAAUAAAGGCAACGAUCCCAACGUCUCGCUCGUUCCCAAAGACGGCACAGGAUGGGCAAGCAAACCGGAACAAGCAGACCCAAAGAGUACCGAUGCGUUGUCAGCACCGCAGCAGGAACCGCAGCAGCCUGUGGCUUCACAGACGCCUGCACCCACCCGCCCGAGAACCCCACCAGCUUCAGAGGUGCCAACAGUCACAGCUAUGGCUGCAGCUUCAACCCAGGCCGUAGGGGCAAGGUCCUGGGCACAGGCCAGUGUUACACUUGGAGUACAAGGGGAUGGUGGAAAGGGAUCAAACCUACCGUCGCCAUUCUCUCGCGAGGAAUUUCCCACCCUGCAGGCGGCUGGCGACCAGGACAAAGCUGGCAAAGAACAGGGCACUGCAGAUCAGUGGUAUGGGCCCGGACCAAGCCUCCGCCCCCAGAACGUUACAAGUUGGCGGGACGGUGGGGGCCGAGGCCUGGCACCCACCCUCUCUGGGGAGGGGGCGGCAGAGGGUGGCAAUGGUGGGGCUUUGGUGAUGGAUGGGGCAGCCGGGGUCCCACCUCAGAGCUCACAGUCCCACGUGCCACCUAGGAACCCUCCCGCAGGCAGCCCCGCCCUGCCCUUGCCUCAGCCCCCUGUUGGGCCUGGGUUUCCCCAAUUCAGAGGGAUCCUGCCUCCAUUUAUGUAUCCACCUUAUUUACCUUUCCCGGCAAAUUAUGGUCCACAAGGCCCCUACAGGUUCCCGCCACCCGGAGAAGGGCCAGCUCCAAGGUUCUCUCGGUCACAGGUUGGUCCUGACAGCAGAUCCCAGGUUCGCCCACGCGACGCAGGUGGAGAGGUGGUCAAGCGACCCUCCAUCCUAAAGCAGGAUGACCUAAAGGAGCUCGAUGAACUGGAUCACGAUGGAGACGAGGGCUGGGCAGGGGCACAUGAGGAGAUUGACUACUCCGCCAAGUUGAAGUUCAGUGAUGAUGAAGGAGAUGACGAGGGGGAAGAGGACACAACAGAGAGCAAGAAUGACUUAAACGAGCAGCAGAAAUCCCAGGAGGCCCCCUAUGCAACCUCAUGCUCUCGGGCCUCAGACAGCAGUGGAGAGAACCGUCACACGCCUCCAUCCAACACUGACAAUGACCCCCAGACUUCCUCCAACAAGCCAGGAUGGACUGAGGAGGGAGGCAGCGGCUGGAGCGGCCAAGGAGCACCAGCCAACUACCAGGGGCGCAGGCAUGGAGUGGGUGGUCACCGGGAGCAGCCCUCCCCCCCACCUGGGCCACUCCUUGGACAAGGGCCUCACUCCUUUUACCGACAGGAGCGUUCUCACAACCAGAGUGCCUCAUCAGGCUCCGGAAAACCUGGCCACACACAGCAUCAGCCGGCAGCAGGAGGCCAGACCCCUCCUCCCCAGCCUGGACUGCUGGUCCAUGCGGUCCCAGGGGAUGAUGAGGACGAGACAUGGCGUCAGCGCAGGAAGCAAUCUUCCACUGAGAUCUCUGCUGCAGUCGAGCGAGCCCGUCGACGCCGCGAAGAGGAGGAACGAAGAAUGGAGGAGGAGAGGCGUGCCGCAUGUGCAGAAAAGUUGAAAAGGCUGGAUGAGAAGCAGCAACAGCAAGGCAGCAACGCAGGAGGAAGUGGUGGCAGUAAAACACCAAGCCUGGAUGGAAAUUCUACGACUGCCACAGCCGGCAGCCUUAGUCCAUCCUUGUCAGCCUCUGCGUCUUCCCCCAACGUCAGCCAGCCCCCUUCCCCAUGUGUCGACCCUGAAGAGCCUCCUGCGCUGGCUGUGCAGCCAGGAGCAGGUCUUGGCGUCAGUGACAGACAGCGAGCAAACAGCAACAGUAGCUAUGAUUCCAGCACUGAUGCACAACAUUGUCCUCAACCAGCUGUGUCACAGCCACAGCAACCUACAUUGGAUGUACCUCCCCCGGUAGACAAAGAAGAGACUGUCUGCACGCCUCACGUUCGAUCUGGAAGUGGAGGUGAAAGAGGAACUGAACCAGUGAAGAUUGAGAAUAUUGGUGCCGGGUCAGGCCGUCAAGCAGUUGGCCCUCCAGGGCAGGUUUACUCCAAAUACCAGAAGUCUCUGCCACCUCGUUUUCAGAGGCAGCAGCAGGAACAGCUACUGAAGCAGCAGCAACAGUGGCAACAGCAGCACAGUCAGGCUUCCCAAAGCCAGAUCUCCCCCCAAGCCCAACCACCGCAGGGUCCUUCACCAGUUUCAACUCCCCAGCCGGGGCCUGGACCUAAGCAAGGUGGACCACUGUAUCAACCCAGCAAUUUAGUCCGGCCGUUGCCAAUGAAUUUUGACCCUCGCUGGAUGAUGAUGUCCUAUAUGGACCCACGCAUGAUGCAAGGUCGUCCACCGCCCAUGGACUUCUAUUCGGCUGGCAUGCACCCAUCAGGGCUUAUUGGGCGCGAGCGAUCAGAUUCUGGAGGAUCUGGUUCAGACCCCUUUGAACGGCAACAGCAGCAUCCAGGGCAUCCUCACCGUGGAACUCCCCCAAUUGAUCCCAAGUUGGCCUGGGGGACCGAGGUAUUCCCUGGUGGAGGGGAAGCUUGUGGGUUAAAUUCUCCUCUCAGGCAGAGGCAGACAUCAGAGGAGGAGGAUGUGACCAAAGGGCCCAGGGGUGACACUCCUCCACAUCGCAUUCGAGAGGGUGGCUUGGGACCCGUCAAGCAGCCUAACACGAGCUCUGGGCCGUCGAACCAGACACCACCACCUGUUAGUGCACCGGGAGGCAGCCACCACCCUCAUCAUUACAUGAGUGGGCAGGGCAACUACAACAACUUUCCUGAACAAGGUGCAAGGAUGCCAUCGCUCCAGCAACAGCAGCAAAGAGCUGGUGAAAGGGGAACCCACUCCCAUGGCUUUACCCAUCAGGAUGACGUCCCAGCGCGUGGCUCUCAGUCAGGCCAAUUAUGGGGGGCUCCACACCCUCAUUACGAUCGUAAUGGCCGCGCAGACCACCCAGCUGGAGAGGGUAACUCUCAUCACCACCAACACCAUCACAAUCACCACCCUCAGCAGCCUCACUACACUGUCCAACCCCAUAAGCCUGAGAACAGCCAUGACAGGAUAGUUGAGCCCCUUCCCAAGAAGACCAACUCUUCUCCCCCCCUCCAACAAUCUUCCCUAUCAUCUUCAUGCUCCUCUUCUUCCUCUUCUGCUUCUACUAGAGAAGAUGGCAGUGUUAAGGCCACUUUACAUCAUCAUCAUUCUCACAGAGAAGGUGAAGCUGGUGUUGGGCAAAGUCUUGGUGAAAGAGGCGUCAGUGGUAGUGCUGGCAGUGGUAACCAUGUAAAACAUGAAAAAACUGGCUCCUCGCAUGCUCCACAUGGCUCUGUGAGUGCCAGCCCACCUCCUGCUCAACAUGGCAGUCUCUCUCAGCCCCAGCACCAUCCCCAUCCAAGGUCAAACCAAAGGGCGAUGCGGGACCACAAAACCGAGACACAGUGGGGUCCUCGCCCCGGCAGCACCAAUACAGGUGGGCCAUCCUCUCAUGGCAGGAGGGCCAACAAUGCAGGAGGUGGGAACAAUUCCCGUGGCGGUGAUGACUCUUCCAAUGCUCUUUUGGAGCACAAGCCCAUCAGUCAGGCAGGAGGCAGCAAUCCCAACAAAAGGGCUGGACCAAUCAAGAAGCCAGUGAUGAAAGAGAUGAAGAAAGAGGCAGGAGAAAUUGAUGGAGGAGAAAAAGCAAACCAAGGCUUUGGUAAAGAUAAAGAGAAGGAUGGUGGCCAGUCCACUUUAAUAAAACAGGAUGCCUCCACCACCCAUAACGCAUCAGCUGUAUCGGGUAAAGAAGAGCCCGCUACCACAAUAAAACCCAGAAAUGGAGGGAAAGAACGGGCACAUGCAGGAGGAGGAGGAGGAGGAGGAGGAGGUGGGGGUGGGUCAGGCAGAGGGCCAAAAGAGGCAGACACCACUUCUUCAGGAUUUUCAGGGUCCUCUUCUCGGAGGGACAGAGACCGUUCUUUUGAAAGAAGAGCGAGCAAUUCCCACAAUCAUGGAAUGUCCAACAAAGCCACCCGAGGCAGUCGCGGACGAGGUGGGGAAUUUUUUGCCCGUGGUCGUGGUUAUAGGGGUACCUACACAGCCAGUGCGGGGCCUAGUGGUGGCAACCGUGGCAGAAUGGGUGGCAGGAGUGGCAGAGACUAUCGCAUAUCUGUUGCUGGCAGCCACCAUCACGAUUCAAAGGUCGAGGGCCCUGGUGGUAGACAUGGUCAAGAUAGGUCCCAGCACAACCCAGCCAGAGCCAGGAAUCGAAGUGAAACACGCAGUGAGGGCUCAGAGUAUGAAGAAAUCCCCAAGAGGAGGAGGGAGAGAGGCUCUGAGACGGGCAGUGAGAGUGGGGCAAGUGAUCUUGGUCAUUCAGACAAAGACGACACUCAGAAACCCAACACCAAGAAUGGCUUGGAUAACACCAACACCACUAGCAGCGGCAACCUUUCAUCUGCACCAAGAGGUUCACAGGCUCGGGUUUUCACCCCAAGGGGUGUGCCAUCAAGGAGGGGAAGGGGAGGUAGUAGCGGAGGAGGAAAUAUCUACAGGAAUAGUGGCAAUGUUGGCGGAACAAUUGGAGGACAUCGGGUUGCACCCGGUUCAGCCUCUCAUGGUGGGUCCUCAAGGCAGCCAAACUCGGCACGAAGGCAACAAGCUCUGACACAAACCUCAGGGCACAAGGACUUGGGCAGAGGAGGGCUUACUUUGGUGAAGAAGGAUAAGACUGCUGAUGGAACUCAAGCUCAAAGUCAUGGAUCCAAUCCUCCUCCGCCAUCUUUGUUGGUUACAACUCCUACCACGCAAACGUCCACUGAAAAUGGAGCUGUUUUAACCCAACAAGCGUCAUCCAACUCUGCAUCCAUCACCGGGGCGCCAAAUUCAGUCCAUCCUCCUCCUAACCGCGGGUUCCCUCCCAGUGGGUUUGAGAGACCCAAACGCCGUCGUCACGGGCGUUCCCAACAUCAGCAGGACAAGCCACCUCGCUUUCGGAGACUGAAGGAACGAGAGAAUGCUGCACGAAUCAAUGGCGGGGUGGGUGUCAUUGGGGGAGGAAGGCCCGCGUCUCCUUCCUUAAACUCAGUUCAGGACAGUAACGGAGCCACUGUCACAACUACGCUGAUUAGUAAUGCGCAGAAUACCAACCACAACGCUUCGCUUACAACCAACACUAAUAAUAGUGGUGGUGGGCACCUCAGCAAUGCAAACAGCCACCACCAUCACCACUUCAGCCAGGGAAGCACUGGACCUACACACCCGCAGCACCACCACAGCCAUGGAGCAAAGUCCCCCGACUUUACUAACCAGAACUCAGACCAGGCCAAUGAGGAGUGGGAGACUGCUUCUGAGAGCAGCGACUUCACUGAGUUCCGAGAUAAGGAGGGAGGAGGGAAGUCUUAUCCCGCUCACCCUCACCACCCCCUGGGGAAGGGACUAGGUGGAGGUGGGGGAGGCGUGGUCGAGCGAGAGAUGGCAGGGAAAGAGCCCCAAGCUAACAAGAGAAGCUUUUCAAGCCAGCGUCCUGGCAUGGAAAGGCAAAACCGGAGGGUUAACGUUGGAGGAGCUGGAGGCGGAGGGGGAGGAAGAGGUCCUCGAGGGCCAACUGGUGGUGGCGGCGGCUCCAGUGGGACUGGAAAUGGAGGUGGCAACCGCGGAGAGAAGCGGGGCAAUUGGCCCUCCCCGAAAAAUAGGAAGUGAUUAGAGUAUUUCAAAACAUUUCAGAUAAACUGCACUCACUUUAAACCCAACUCUUCCAUUUUAACCCCCUUUUUGAUUAUUUCAUUUAUUUACCUCAUGUUCGCAUCCCGAAACAUAUUAGUGCAUUGUACAGCAUAUUGAAACGGUAUUUGACAUUCACCUUAGCAGAUCCCACCCACCUUUCUCCCCUUUGGCAUCAAUCCUUUAUCCACCCGUCCUUUCUUGUAAAUUUGUCUUACUUUCCCUUGAGUUGUGCCCUCGUUACCUUCAAAAAUCUGACUUGACCCAGCUGAACUAUAACAGGCACGUCGUUCUGUCAAGAAAAGGAACAUGAUUUUCAUUUUAAAAGGAGAAAUUCAUACAAUGCAAGCACAAUUUGGCAUAUUUAAACAUGGAUGUAAAAUGUUUGUUGGAAGAAAUUGGCAACACCUUAAAAUCGGGCAAGCUUUUAUAUUCAUGUAUGUGUGUAUAUUUCUUCUACCACACUUUGGCCUUUAGUGGUGUGCAGUCGUCCUGCUAGUUCUGCACUACUUCUUUCACAUAGUGAAAUGUGCAGCUUCAUCUGAACAGGAACAGUACCAAUGUGUACCAUAAGACUUUUUUGUUUUCAGGGGAGUUGUCAAAUCAGUUUCAGCCACACAGAAAUGGAUUAGAUGUGUGUGUGUGUGCGUGUGUGUGUUUUUUAAUGCAUAUAACAAAGCAGAUGACAAAACAGCCCUCAGUUACUUUUAUUUUUUUCCCAACUCUUUUGUUCCUUGCAAGCAAGUCUUUGAUAAAUGUGAUAUGACCCAUGUGCUACUGUCACCUCGUCACCCUAGUUUGUCUAUAUAUAUAUAAUAUAUACACAUACAUACAUACAUACAGACAUAAAUGUUCUACUGCUUGUGUAUAUGCUGUUCCCCUCCCACACACACAAACUUUCACCUGCUUUGACAUUUAAUUUUGAGUCCUUUUUUUUAAUAAAAAUAAAGGCUUUUUCAGUCUCACCGUAGCAUCCCUGUUACCUGCAGAAGUUAUGCACACUGCAAAAGUACUCCUUUUCUUUUCAUUUUGCUUUACCUGACUUCUUUAUUUACUACUUGAUGGCUUUAUUUCAAAACCGGGGUUUCAUCCAAAAUCUCAUUUUUUUUAAAUAUAUAUAUAUAUAUAUAUAUAGAUGGAAAGACCCAUUUUUCUCUUCAAAGUGUCCGUUCUAUUGGAGGGAAAAUGAAAAAUAUAGAUUUGUUGGUUGCUUAAAUAGUUAAUGCUUUAAUAGGUAUUAUGUUGUAAUAAGCACUCCUUGUAGUAUAACAAAAAAAAAUGGUUGCUGUAUUUAUGUUUUUUGUUUUUACUUCAUUUUCAUUUAGUCAAGCAAGUUAUAUGUCAUGCAACACGGGCAGGUACUCUGUCUGGGCCCAGAGUACAAAGAUAAGGUUGAGUAUUACAUCUCCUCUGCUGUUGUGCAUGCAAUGAUGCACCCUGUGCUAUUAUUGGACUUCUCACACCAAGAAAGACUACCAGGAGCUCCUUAUUUGAGGAAGUGUUUUCACGGUGGCAACCAGAAAGCUUUGAAUUCUGGACUACGCUGACAGGGCGACAGAAGUGUCAUGUGUGUCGCCUGUAACGGAUCAACAAGAAUUCACCAAUCGGGCUGGAUUGUUCUGGAAAAUGCGUAAAACACUCGUAAAGCAGUAAGACAAACUUGCACAGAGCUUGAGGCCUGAGACUACAAGGUGAACUAAAUACUCCUCUGCAUCAAUUCACUGCUGUAAGUUGGGGUUUUGUUUGUUUACUAACUGUUUUGAAGAUGAUUUUCUGGGGUGUUGAGAGUAGGGCAUUUGGUGAUGUGUGUGUGUGUGCGCGCGCGCGUGCGACCAUCAUGUGUUUGGUAUUUGUUGUAAACCUGGGAAGGACCAGAAGGUAACAAGAAUGGCAAGCACUUGAUUGAAGCAAUGUUAUCAAAUAUACUGUUGUUUUUUUUUUAAAUACAUAAGCAGUGGAGAGACUCACUGUUUUUGUGUAGGUAAUACAUAAACAGGAUUAUCUUUUCACUCUAACUUCCUUCAAGCAUGAAUACACAGCCAUGUGUGCAGCUUGCCUUGCCUGUCACUGGUUUCUGCAUUGGUAGCUGUAUAAUUAACACUGGCUCAAAGAGUCCUCCAUCCCUCCUUAACUCUUGAUAUUGAUGUGUGCAUUAUUUAUGUACCCAUGCUAAAAAAAAAAAAAAAGUAGUGUAUUAAAAGAAAUUACUCAGAUUGUACUGUUUCCAGCAUUACUGAGGUACCUGGAGUGGUCCAUUCUGUUUUUAGCAUUUAUGGUUUUAUUAAUGGAACCGUAAUGUACGCACAUGUAUGUAUAUUGGUAUGUAUCUUAAGUUUUGUCUACCCCCAACUUACAUUCCCACAAACAAAUGUUGCCAUUUUUAGUUCAAGGGAGCAAUGUACAAGCAGAGAAGUGUCUUAUUAUAAUAAAGUUAUACAGAAAAGGCAAAAUUAAAUAAACUACUUUUGAUUGAAUGGGAAA